AUGCAAUCCUCACUUCACAUUGCAGCAAUAAAUAAUGCAAUUGAUGUCGCCGCACUUCUUAUUUCAAAUGGAGCAGAAAUCAAUGCUAAGGAUUACAAUGGGAAAACAGCUCUUCAUUUUGCAGUAUUAAUGAAUAAUCAAGAUAUAGUUGAGAUGCUUAUUUCAAAUGGAGCAGAUGUCAAUUCGAUUGAUAUCGAAGGAAAUUCCGUUCUUCUUUUCGCUGUUCUAAACAAUAGAAAAGAGAUAGCAAGGAUUCUAAUUUCAAAUGGUGCAGAUAUCAAUGCAAAAGACAAUGAUGGAAAGGCUGCUCUUCAUUACUCAGUAUUAAAUAAGUAUCAAGAUAUGACUGAGUUCCUUGCUUUAUACAAUGCAGAUAUUAAUAUCAGAGACAAAUAUGGAAAAUCUGCUCUUCAUUUUGCAACAGAAAAAAACUUGAAGGAAAUUGUAGAAAUUUUAACAACUUAUGGUGCAGAUAUCAACGCAAAAGAUGUUAACGGAGAUAGUGUCCUUCAUUAUUCAAUCAUUACGAAAAAUAAAGACAUUACAUUAUUUCUACUUUCAAAUGGAGCAGAAAUAAAUGCGAAAGAUAAUUAUAUGAAAACACCCCUUCAUUAUGCAACUGAUAAUAAUUUUAAAGAAUUAACAGAAAUGCUUAUUUCCCAUGGAGCAGAUAUUAAUGCAAAAGAUAAUUAUUUAAAAACGCCUCUUCAUUAUGCAAUAUAUCAUAAUUUUAAACAAUUAGCCGAUAUUCUUAUUUCGCAUGGAGCAGAUAUCAAUGCACACAAUUUUGAUGGAAAAUCUAUCCUUAUGUAUGCAAUCAUCCAAAAUUGUAUUGAAAUAGCUAAACUUCUUAUUUCAAAUGGCACCGAUAUCAAUGUGAAGGAUAAUAAUGGAUUAACAACUCUUCAUAUUGCCAUCGAAAAGAAAAAUAAUGAAUUGACAGAUUUACUGGUCUUGCAUGGAUCAGAUAUCAAUGCAAAAGAGAAUAAAGGACGAACAGCGCUUCAUUAUGUUACAAUAAAAAAGAAUCAAGAAAUAGUCGAACUUCUUGUCUCAUAUGGAGCAGAUGUUAAUGUAAAGGAUAACAUCGGUUACACUGCUCUACAUUAUGCGACAGCGUUAAAUUUAAUUAAUAUUGCAGAUUUUCUCAUAUCUCAUGGAGCUGAAAUCAGCUCAAUUGAUAAGAACUAG